AUGUCUUACAACGGCGGUAACGAUAGACAAGGCUACAACUCUGGCUACCAAAGCAGAGGUGGCGACUACAGAGGCGAGAGAAACUCUGACAGAAACUUUGGCUACAGAAACGAUGAUAGAAGAGGCGGCUUUGGCGGCAGAGGUGGUGGCCGUGGCGGGUAUGGUGGUGGUCGUGGCGGAUACGACGACAGAAUGGGACAACUCGGUGACAACUUGCAACCGCAAGAUUUCGACCUGAGCACCUUGCCAAAGUUCGAGAAGAACUUUUACAAGGAGGAUCCAGCGGUGACUGCCCGUUCGCAACAGGAGGUUGAUGCCUUCAGAGCCGAGCACGAUAUGAAGUGCGACGGUACUGACAUUCCAAAGCCAAUUGAGUCAUUUGAGGAGACUGGUUUCCCUGACUACGUUUUGAGCGAGGUUAAGGCUCAAGGUUUCCCAAAGCCAACUGCCAUUCAGUGUCAAGGUUGGCCAAUGGCCCUUUCUGGUCGUGAUAUGAUUGGUAUCGCCGCCACUGGUUCCGGUAAGACUUUGUCGUACUGCUUGCCAGGUAUUGUCCACAUCAACGCUCAGCCUCCUUUGAGUAGAGGUGACGGUCCAAUUGUGCUUGUGUUGGCCCCAACAAGAGAGUUGGCUGUCCAAAUUCAAACCGAAUGUUCCAAGUUUGGUAGAUCCUCAAGAAUCAGAAACACCUGUGUCUACGGUGGUGUUCCAAAGGGUCAACAGAUUAGAGAUUUGGCUAGAGGUUCUGAAAUCUGUAUUGCAACUCCAGGUAGAUUGAUUGACAUGUUGGAGUCUGGUAAGACCAACUUGAGAAGAGUCACCUACUUGGUUUUGGAUGAGGCUGAUAGAAUGUUGGAUAUGGGUUUCGAGCCACAGAUUAGAAAGAUCAUUGACCAGAUUAGACCUGACCGUCAAACUCUUAUGUGGUCUGCUACCUGGCCAAAGGAGGUUCAAUCAUUGGCUCAUGAUUACUUGAAGGAUUACAUUCAAGUCACCGUGGGUUCCUUGGAAUUGGCUGCUUCCCAUACAAUUACACAAAUCGUGGAGGUUCUCUCUGAGUACGAGAAGAGAGACCGUCUCUUGAAGCACUUGGAAACCGCUAUGGAGGACAAAUCUUCAAAGAUCCUUGUCUUUGCAUCCACUAAGAGAACUUGUGAUGAAAUCACAAGAUUCCUCAGAGAUGAUGGCUGGCCAGCUUUGGCUAUCCACGGUGACAAGCAACAACAAGAACGUGAUUGGGUCUUGAACGAGUUUAGAACCGGCAGAAACCCAAUUAUGAUUGCCACAGACGUUGCAGCACGUGGUAUUGAUGUUAAGGGUAUUAACUACGUCAUCAACUUUGACAUGCCAGGUAACAUUGAGGAUUACGUUCACAGAAUUGGUCGUACUGGUCGUGCUGGUACAAAGGGUACGUCUGUCUCCUUCUUUACUGAUGCUAACUCCAAGCUUGGUAACAACUUGAUCAAGAUCUUGAGAGAGGCCAACCAAACCAUUCCAGAACCAUUGAUGUCCUACCAAAGAGGUGGCUUCGGUGGCGGUCAUCCACGUUAUGGUGGAGGCCGUGGUUACGGUAGAGGCCGUGGCAGAGGUCGCGGUGGUUACGGUGGUGGUAGAGGCCGUGGUGGUUACGGUGGUAACAACUACAGCAACGGAUACUAAAUGUUGUGAUUUCACUUAUGAAUGGGGUUAUUUGUUCUCAACUGCCAAUAUAAAAUUGCGCGGAGUAUAUUAAUAGACAGAUUUGCUAGUUAAUAGUUUCUAUGGUUUUUGAUAGUAAUGGUAAGGUUGUAGUAAUUUCAACGCAUCAAGAUGUCCAUCUACAAGAAAACA